AUGAGCAAGAAGAAAAGGAAAAAUGAAGAAGACGGAACAGCACGAAAUCAAGAAAUUCGGACGAUAAUAAAUAAUGACAACAAUACGGAAGCAGCAGUUAAAGAAGAAAUUAAGUCACUUAAUGAGAAAAUUGAACUACUGAGUGAAUUACUAGCUGAAAAAGAUAGGCUAGUUCAUCAACUGUCCAAUGAAAAUCCUAGGUUCCAAGAGCACUACAAUCUAUUAGCCACCAAGGUCGUAGAAAAGGACACUGUUAUCAGUACACUGGAAAGACUAAAUACACGAAUGUGA